AUGGGAAACACAACACCUUAUGUUCUUUCAUUUCUCUUAAGGUUUAUCUAUGGAGUUAUGCAUAUACUUACCAAAGCUGCUUUUAACGAAGGUACAAGUACAUACGUUCUUAAUUUCUACAGGCAUGCAAUAGCCACAAUGUUCUUACUGUCCAUUGCUUUUGCGAUUGAAAGGAUGUCUGCUCCUUUUAACAUAUCAUGUGUUGGCCUCAAAUAUGCUUCAGCAGCUUCUGCUUCUGCAGUAAUCAAUCUCCUGCCAGUUUUAACUUUUAUUUUGGCUCUUCUGUUGGGAAUGGAGUCUUUGCAAAUAAAGCGCUUCCAUGGGAUUAUGAAAGUUUCUGGUAUAGUUCUUUGUGCGGCUGGUGUUACUGUACUAAUGUUAUACCAAGGACCGGAGCUCAAAUCUGUUGUCCAUUACCAUCUUUUUCACCACGCGAGUCAAGUUGAUACUCAUCCCUCAAGGAGCUGGAUAUUGGGAAUUCUCCUGCAGUCUCUUGCGACUGUAUUGUUUGCUCUUUGGACAGUGUUUCAGGGCCCAUUGCUGGAGGAGUAUCCAUCCAUACUGCUUAACACUAGCCGUCAGCUUGUCUUUGCGACUGUUCAAUCUUUUUUUAUGGCUCUAGUGAUGGAGAGAGACUUUUCAAGAUGGAAGCUGAGCUUGGAUGUAGGGCUUGUCGCUAUCGUCUAUUGUGGUGUAUUUGUUUCCGCAUUGGUAAAUUACCUGCAAAUCUGGGUAAUCGGCAGGUGCGGCCCAGUAUUCCUGUCCAUGACAGUGCCCCUAACUUUGGUUAUCACGGUCAUUCUGUCACUACUCAUAGGAGAACCGGUCAGCCUUGGAAGUGUAAUUAGUGGAGCGCUGAUGGUUGGUGGUCUGUACAAUGUUCUCUGGGGGAAGAGUAUAGAGCAAGUAGCUCUCUGCAAGCAAGGAGGUAGCAGAGAAAACGGAUCAUGCUUCGAUUUGGAGGAAAAAGAAAGCGGUGCACCAGUUCCAGCAGCGCAUGAUUCAAUCAAGCCAGUGCCUGAUUCGAAAGAGAGGACUGAUGCACCCAAAUGACACGGUGAGCAGCAAACGUUGU